AUGCGACCUGCCGAUAUUAACAACUGGAUACAUGGCUUAGAGAACCCGGAAAUUUUCACUUGUCAGGAUCAUGUAGGUAAAGGGGUUCCUGCACCAGAAGCCACGGGCUCUGUUCCAGAAACCCCUUCAGAAGCACAAUCGCAGUCAUCGACUACAUCACAAGCAUCUGGUCGUUCAUCCCCCUUAAAACAACUCGCGUCACUCGAACUCAGCUCGAGCGGUUUGGAAACCAGACAACUCACUAUCAAUGACGCGCAAUUGCCGUCGGACCUUCUUUCCAUACUCGAGGAUCUGCAAGACAUCAAGAAUAGCGGACUCGGCAUUAUCUCCGAGGUUUGGAAAAAUAGGAUCAGAGACAUGGCAAAAACGGACCGUGAAAUGGCCCGUAUUCGAGAUCACAUGUUUGGAGCGCCACAAACCCGCGAUAAAUACGGUCCAACGCCUUGUCCUGUCGACGUCCAGACUUUGGCCACCGAAGCAGCAGAUUGUCAGGAGACAAAGCAGAACGAAGCUGGAUGGAACAUGAUGGUACACUACCCUCUACUCUUCCAAGCUGUCUAUGGAGCUCAGCGAAACAGGCAGCUUCUCGGUGUCACGCCCUGCACAACAGCAAAGGUUAUCCGGGAGUAUUUGCCUGUCGCUUGGCAAGCCAAGAUGGUCGACUUUUGUAUCUUCAUCGACUCGAGUGAUCACAUCGAAGAGAUUCAAGACGCACGACGUAUACUUCCUUCUGGCUAUAUCAACCACACCGACUUGUACGGGCUGCGUAACCACCCGAUUGCCCUCAGCAUCGAGACAAAAGCUGCGUCCAGCACAGCAGCAGCCUCUGCUGAAUUGCAGAUCGGUACGUGGCAGUCAGCACAAUGGCGAUUUCUAGAAGACCUUGUUGCCCGGAACGGGGGCUGCAUAGAUGACUUGCCUUUUCUACCGGCCAUCAUCGUGCAGGGUCAUCAAUGGAGCUUUGCAGCAACGACGAGAGACGCGAAAAAAACAGUCUUGUGGCUUCCUUUUCAUUUUGGGUCUACCGAAGAUGUAAUUGGUAUUUAUAAAACCGUCUUGGGAUUGCAGCAGAUAUGCUAUUGGGUUAAUGAAACCUUUUGGCCAUGGUAUAAGAAGAAUGCCUUAGGCAUUAAGGUUUAA